AUGUUGAUCAUCCGUUGCCAUACCGCACCACAAGGGGCUGCCUGGUUUCCCUCUCGAUUGAGACGCUUGACGCAGGCUUCAGCUAGAUUUCUCUCCAGCGCCAACACAUCAACACCGUCGACGUCGUCGUCGGCCGUGGCGGAGCCACCGGAAGCGGUUGCAGUAGAGUCAGACUUCGUAGUCAUCCUCGCGGCGCUGCUAUGCGCCUUAAUUUGCGUGGUCGGUCUCAUAGCCGUAGCUCGCUGCGCUUGGCUCCGCCGCAGCGCCACCGCAAACGGCAGCUCCACCACUCGACAGUCGGCGAACAGAGGCCUGAAGAAGAAGAUUCUACAGUCGCUGCCGAAGUCCACCUACGAGUCUACCGCGGAGGGGAAAUUCACGGCGGAGUGCGCGAUUUGUCUGGCGGAGUACGUCGACGGAGACGAGAUCCGCGUGCUUCCACAGUGCGGACAUGGAUUUCACUUGAAUUGCAUUGACACGUGGCUCGGAUCGCACUCCUCGUGUCCGUCGUGCCGACAGAUUCUGGCGGUGACUAGGUGUCUGAAGUGCGGCGAGUAUCCGACGAUCUCCUGCGCCGGCGGAACAAUUCCGACGGAUACUGAGCUCAAGGUAAGGCAAGACAACUCGGCUGGUUCUUCCAGUGGCUUUUUACCGUAG